AUGGAUCGUAGUUGGAUGAGUGCUUUGAGAACAUCUAAGGAGUAUGAGGAUGGGGUAGAAGAAUUUAUUGAAUUUACUAAAAAGAAUGCUUAUGACAAAAGUGGAAAAUGGAUAUGGCAUAGCGAAAGAGGAACAGUGCCAUUGGUUGACGAAGAGGAAGUGGUGGGUGGAUUCAAUGAUAGAAUGCAUGAUAUGAUUCAUGAUGUUGGGUUGGGAUUCUCCACACAAUCGCAUAUAAAUGAUAGCUUGCAAAGUGAUGCAGAAAUAGCUUUAUACCCUGGGUGUUCUACGUAUACACGGUUGACAGCUGUAUUGAAGUUAUUCAAUUUGAAGGCAACUAAUGGAUGGACAGAUAAAAGUUUUACGGAAUUACUUCAAUUGUUGGGUGAUAUGCUUCUGGCUGAUAAUGUUCUUCCAAAUAGUGUUUAUGAGGCAAAGAAAAUCUUGUCUCAGAUGGGAAUGGGCUAUGAAAAGAUACACGUUUGUCCUAAUGAUUACAUAUUAUACAAGGAAGAGUAUGCUGAUCUUAAUAAGUGUCCAAAAUGCAGAUCUUCACGAUAUAAAGUGAAAAAGCAUAAAGAUAGUAGUGAUGAUGGUGAUGCUAAUGAGACAACUAAAGGGCAACCUUUGAAGGUACUAUGGUAUCUUCCGAUAAUACCACGAUUCAAAGGGUUGUUUGCUAAUGCAACAGAGGCAAAAAAGAUGACAUGGCACGUUGAUGAGAAAAUAUCAGAUGGAAAAUAUCUUCGGCACCCUGCUGAUUCUCUCCAAUGGAAGAAAAUAGAUGAAAUGUAUCCAGAAUUUGGUAGUGAGCCAAGAAAUCUUCGUCUUGGACUUUGUACAGAUGGAAUUAAUCCUUACAACACACACUACCACCAACUUAAGCAUGGAAGGAAAACAGUUUAUCUGGGUCAUAGGAGGUUUCUUGAUCGAUUCCACCCAUACCGUAGAUUGAAAAAGGUUUUUAAUGGUACACCAGAACAUGGAUUGGCUCCGAAGCCAUUAACUGGAGAGGAAGUUUAUCGUAAAGUGGAAAGAAUUGAUGUUGUGUUUGGAAAAACUAAGGAUGGAAUCAAUGUGAGAUUAGACUUGGCGGAAAUGGGAAUAAGAGAACGGUUACAUCCGCAACUAAGAGAGGGUGGCAAGAGGGUUUAUUUGGAGCUAGCGGCACACACAUUUUCAAAAGCAGAGAAAACUAGCUUGUGCCGAUGUUUGCAUAACGUUAAGGUGCCACAGAGUUAUUCUUCUAAUAUGAAAAAGCUUGUCUUGAUGGACGAUUUAAACAAAGUUAUUGACACUGAAAAGUUAGAUGAAUUGGAAAAAGAGGGGUAUGUUAUUCUGUGUCAACUAGAAAUGUAUUUUCCUCCAGCAUUUUUUGAUAUCAUGGUACAUUUGAUAGUGCAUUUAGUAAGAGAGGUAAGGCUCUGUGGCCCUGUAUAUCUAAUAUGGAUGUAUCCAUUUGAGAGAUUCAUGAAAGUCUUAAAGGGUUAUUCUAAGAAUCCUUAUCGACGUGAGGCAUCAAUUGUUGAAAGAUAUGUAGCUGAAGAGGCCAUAGACUUUUGCAAAGGAUAUCUAUCUGGAGUGGAAGCACAAGCUUGA